CCUCCACUCAGUGUCCUCCACCCCUCUCUGUCAAUCCCUCCACUGGCCUCCACUCAGUGUCCUCCACCCCUCUCUGCCAAUCCCUCCACUGGCCUCCACUCAGUGUCCUCCACCCCUAUCUGCCAAUCCCUCCACUCGUGUCCUCCACCCCUCUCUGCCAUCCACACGGUAGUCUCUUUAUUUACAUUAAAUUCUCCAUCCACAUGUUUUCAAAUGAAAGUCUCCAGCCACAUGGGAGUCUUUUUUCACAAUAAAAUCUACAGCCACAUAGUAGUCACUUUCUUCACAUUAAAGUCUCCAGCCACAUGGUACUCUCUUUCUUUCUCCACAUAAAAGUCUCCAUCCACAUGGUAGUCCCUUUCUUCACAAUACGGUCUCCAGCCACAUGGCAGUUUUUUCCUCCAUAUUAAAGUCUCCAUCC